CCUUCAUCCAUCCCAUUCAAUCGAUAAGAUAAAACUCACCCGAUAACCAACAUCACAUGACCGAUAAGAAACUCUGGUAUCCCCUCCAACCACUAAACAAAAACACACACCAACAAUAACUUCACACUUCCCUCACAACUCUCUCCACAGAAGAUACACUACUCUGCAAUGCCACCUCCCUCCAAACCUCCCCCCCUCCCUACAAACCACCUCAACUUCGAUACCUGGAACUCCUCCUCAACAGGCCACCAAAUCGCCGACCCCGGAUCCUCCCGCGGAAAUACCUCAUGGCGCGAGACCCGACGAGAGAAACUCACCAGACAGUUCGGGGCGGGCAGGGGGGAUUGUACAUAUGACAGUGAUGGGGAGAAGAAAGGGGAGUGGGUUGUGACCCAGAUACCUGCAGAAUUGCAGAAGAAGAAGGAGAAUGGAAGAAGAAAUCAGCAGCAGAGGGAUAUACGGAGUAUGUUUGGGAUGUCGAAACCGAUUCCUCAUUCUACUACUACUACUACUACUACUUCUGUUGUAUCUUUUUUCAAGCAGGGGUGUGAGAUAUCGUCAUCAUCAUCAUUGAAGAGAGAUGCUACGUCAUUGGAUAAUCUUGAACAGGAGAAGACGAAGAAGAGGAUAAGAAUUGAUCAUCAAGACAAUAAUGGGAAUAAAAUAACAGACACAAACACAGACACAGAAUCAAUAUCAAGGAGAGAAAAUAAUGCAUCUACAUCUACAUCUACAUCUACAUCUACCAUCUUCUCCUCCCUAACCAUCCACAUAAACGGCCAAACAACACCCACCGUCUCAGAUCACAAACUCAAACAUCUUCUCAUCUCGCACGGCGCAAAUCUCUCGCUUCAUAUGCAUCGUGGAGUUACGCAUGUUAUUCUGGGGGAACCUAAUACUCCUUCUUCUUCUUCUUCUUCAAUAAAUCCGGGAAUAAAGGUAGCAGGGGCAGGGGGUGGGUUAGCAGCUGGAAAGUUACAAAAGGAGAUACAGAGGGGUGGGUGGAAGGGGGUUAAGUUGGUGAGGGUUCAGUGGGCUAUGGAUAGUAUUGCAGCAGGGAAACGUCUCUCCGAGGUGAAAUAUGCUGUUCAGUUGAGAACGAACCAGAGGAGUGUGCUUGCAUUUACGUCGUCUACAUCAAAUACCAUUUCAUCACUUUCAUAA